GCGUCAAGUGGACCGCAGCCUAUAUCACGUGCUUUUUGUGGGGCCAUGUAUUUGGAUCAAGUUAGCAGUCUAGUUCAUUAUAUAAAUUUCUAUGGUUUGACGCUGAACACAGUGGAGCAGUAACUGUAACAAAUCGUGAAUAAUUGUUUAUAUUUGCAUCAUUAAGGUAUUGUAUCACGUAACAGGCACUUACCUGCACUUCUGACAAAGACAAGCAAGACUAAUAAACUCGGACACUAUGGGGGCGAUAUAUCUUUUAGUCUUUAUCGUCGUUGUCGCAAUAUUCCCUGGAGCUGAAACUGGAUUGACUUGGAAUGGUGGCUCAUCAAAGCAGAGUUCAGACGUUUACCAUGGAGUCUUGAACAAUCAGAAUCAUGCCAAGUACUAUACAUCAAAUGAUAGGAAUCAGAAACUGCAGGAAUCAAUGUUGUUCAGAAAUGAGUCACAUUCACAUUCAGGAUUUCGGAAGUCUUUUUUGUCAGCUUGGGGGAUCAUCGCACUGAUUAUAGGUGUCAUCAUCUUUACUACAAUGACUUACUAUGCCUUUAUACUAUAUCCAUAUUUAUGCAAGAAAGACAGGACCUACGACAUCAUAGAGUUAACAGAAGUUAACUCUGUGUGCACUGACAAUGCUAAUAAUGUGCCACCUGCACUGAGAGUAUACUGCAAUCCGAACGAUGUGUCAAACGACAUAUCAAAUAAUGCAUCAUUGAAUCGAUAAGAAAAUGCUCAUAAAGAUAACAUAACUCAGACAUUUAUUUCAUAAGCACAGAUACAUUUAUUUAGAGUAACAGUAUUUUUGUACGAGUUUAAACAAGUAAGUCUUAUAUCAACUUAACCCGUAAUGGUCACUUCCAAAUAAUAACAUAACGGUCACAUGGGGUCCACUAGGUCAAUCAGUCACCAUUUACCAGCUUUUUGAUAGAUUAUCACAAAAAUUUUACUGAACAUACCUUGAGGUCUGUUCUUUAUCAUCCAAUAAUUUUUUUUAUUAGAAUUUAACAAUGAAAUAAUUUAAAUAAAAAAAACUGCAAAAUUUGACUUUUUUACAAAAAUAUUCAUAAAAUUUUUAAUUUUUGAGAUAAUUCAACAAAAACUUAAAGGUAUAUUCUCAAGAUAGUAUACUUUCAGAUAAAAAUUAGUUUCAUAGAACAUUAUUCGAUUUAGAAUGGUCUGUGUAUCAGCAUGGGUCCAAAAAAGCCCAGGUGACCAUUACAGAUUAACUCACUGCCAUAAGAUUUAGAAUAAAAUAUUAACCCUCUGGUUUUUAUACACAUGUUGAGUCACAACACUUCUGAGUUAAUUUUUAUUACUUUUACAAGUAUAAAAAAUUCUUCAAUGACUCUUACACGUACUUUGUCAUAAAAAGUAUUUGCAUGGUUUACUUAAAAAAAAAAAAUUAUAUAUAGAUGUAACUAAUUACAUGGAAUGUUUACUACCGGAAAAAUCCAGAUAUUUUUUAUAUUUGAAAAUUGCGGAUAUUCAUGGAAUUUUAUUGAUACUCAGAGAAAUUUUUGGAGAAUUUUAAUCUAAAAUUAAAAUUUUUUUUCUGAUAAAAUUGUUUCUUUGAUUAUUUUUUCUAAAUAAUACCAAAUGCUGAUAAUUAAUUAGUAAUAAAUAAGAUAUACCCAUCACAUUAUUCUUAUCUGAUUUAUAAGCUUUUAUAAAGAAAUUAGUGACACAAUACAAGACAGUAUUUGAAAUUGAUGGUGUGUGUAAUCACCUUUCAAAUUUUGCACUUUUGAUGAACUAGAAUCGUGUCUUGCGGACUUAAAUUGUUAUACAUGCCAUAUUUAAUUCAUAUUAAUUUUUUUAGUACUUUCUUAAAUUUUAAUAUUUAAAAUUUAAGUGACUUUCUUUGACUGAUUAAGGAACAUUAAAAGAUAAUGAAAUAAAAUUAUUUCAAAACUCCAUUUAAAUAUUCUCUAAUCUUACCUGAAAUUUUGAAUAAAAUUCCUGGAAAAUCCAGGAAUUCUUUUAUAAAAUUUGAGUAAAUAUCCUGUUAAUUAAAAUACUCUUUUAAUUUUUUAAAAAGAAGUACGCUAAGUCAUUUGUGUCAAAUCGUGUGUACAAAGACUUAAGAUUGCCAUUAUCGCGUCUUCCUAUUAUAUGCAAUAUGGCGGGAUAAACUUUUUAUAAAUUUUGCAAGCAUUUACAUAGCAAUAGAAAUAAUUCCAUUUUUAUUGCACUUAUAAAUUGCAUUAUGAGAAGACUGAACUAUACAAAUUAAAGGUUGUCUUGGACAUAUGUUAGAAACGAGGAAAUGUUAAAUGUAUCUAAAAAUUUCUAACUAGUAAUAUUUUAACAUCGUUUCUAAUAUAAUCGUUAGUUAGUAUAAAUAAUACACAACAUCCAGCAAUUUUGCUCGUGAUGGAAGACUAAAGACUGUAAAAGAGUACAUUCGUACUAAUUAGAUGACAACACUAAUGUUAUAUUAACAUUACAACAGACUGAUUUUUGUAAUCUCCAAAUUUUGGUCCCAUUAUAGGGAGAAAACAAUUAAUAGCCAUGUCAAAACAAAGUUUUCCUGCGCUAUUAUCAAUAAUGUGAAAAGAUCAUGAUACUUAUAAAAAAAUGACUCCUAUAGAAAUAGUAUACAUGUAAAUGUAUGAUGUAUAUUUAUUACAAAUAGAUUUUUUUACAUAAACUAUGUGUAUCUUAAAACAACCUACUUGUAAAAAGUAAGCAGGCUAAUAAAUGCAUCAUGACAAACACACGGAGCGCA